UUGUAAUAAUAUCUAAUGCAUUUAUAAAAUAAAAAAAUAUCCGCACGAACGUGCGGGUUAAAAUCUAGUUUCAGUUUUAAUAAUAUAGAUUAACCAUCAAAUGACACAUUCACUCACUCUUUCUUUUCAGCCAAAAUUUGAAGGUCUCUAUCCCAUUGCAUAUGGUUACGCCGGUAAAGGCGGAAGCGGCAGUAGAGGAGGUGGAGGAUUGGUUACGGUGGUUGAGGUCAAGCUAGUGGUAGGGGCGGGCAGUCAUGGAGGUAGUGAAGGAUCAGGAGGUGGAGGGUUUUAUAGUGGUGGUUCUUACGGAAGUAGUGAAGGAGGAGGAGCUGGAGCUGGAUGAGGAGAUGAUAAAUCACGAGGAGAGGAGUAGACUCUUACAAGUCAUGGAUGGUUGCAGUUAUAAGGCGGCAGCUCAAAGGCCAUUUUUUUAACACUUGUUGCUUUGGUUGGGCGUGAAAAAAGGUCUUUUGACUUGGAUUGGGAGCUUAAGAACAUGAUGGUAAAAAACCGUCGACAACCUAAUGUGGUUAAUUUUAUUACUUUCAUCCAUGAGAUUUGUAAAGGUGUGAAGUUACAAGAGGCUAAUAAUUUUUUUGACGAGAUCAAAGCAAGAGACAUGGCUCCCAAUAAUGUCACUUAUAAGACUUUGAUUAAUGGGUAGCCAACUAUUCUAAACUCAGCACACCCUCUGCAGUUCAUCUCUUCUAUCAUCAAUUGAUAGUUUACGAAUAACUAAUUUUAAAAAACAAUAAUCCAUAAUCUCCAACACAGAUUUUAUAUCGUUUUUAAUAUGUAGCAUUACGUACAGACUAAUAUUUUCGCAAAUGACUUACUCUCUAUUAUUAUGUGUUUUGUGAAUAUUAAGAAAGUAUAUUAUAAUUUAAUUAUGAACGUUAUUUAUAUUAAUUAUUUUGAAUAAAUUUAAAAUAAUAUUAAUCAAUAAAUUUGAAUAACUUUUCGUUUAAAUCUAUUAAUAAUAAAUAAUAAAAAUAUUUAACCUAUUUUUUAAAAAUAUUUAUCUUUUUAAAUAGGAGAUAGUCCAGAGCAGAUGAAUUCAUUUUCUUGUAAUUAUCAAGAGCAUUAAGUUUAAUACUUUAAGGAAUUUUUCUUUCUCAAUGGUUGGUGCUCGAAAAGUUUGAUAGUGCUGUGAAGUUUGAUAGUCAAGCUUGGCAUCAGGUCUUCCCUUUUGAAACAAAUUAUAGGUGACUAGUUUUGUUUAUGUCGUAAUUUGUGGUUUUUGGUGUGUUCUUUUGGUUUGCUUUGUGGAUUUGAGACUUUGACGGUUUGAGAUUUUUGGAGUUUCUGUUUUCUAGUGUGCGGUGCAGGAUAGCUCUGAUGUGGGUACCUACUUCUUCUGUCAGAUUUGGUGAAGCGGGUUCAGGUGGGUUUGCGAUUAUUCUGUAUUUUUGGCUCUUUUUUCUUUGUUCAAUGGUCGUCUUUGUCGAAGGUCAUAUAAACUAUGGCUAGUGGUUAAGCUCUAGUUUGUAAAUAUUUUUUUGUUAAUUUAUGGAGUUUGAUGGUCUUGAGGCAGUAUUGUAUGGUGGCUUCUUAGUGUGUUGGGUUUGGGUCUCCAAACUUUACUCUAAGGACCGACAAACGUCUAAUCUUUUCCAUGUUUGUCUUUAGUAAGGUUUUGGUAUUCAAACCUUGGGUUUACUGAUGAAUGAUUGAGUGUGAAGCUUUGAUUUUGUGAUGUCGUGCCGUUCAUUGAGUUUAAAUCGAUAGGUUUCUUUGGAUCUCUGAUAAGGAAAUGUGGAGCUUUAUUUACCUCAAUUUUAUUUGAUCUAUGAAUAGUUCAAUUGUCAACCGUGUUCUCCGUCAGCUGCUCGAGAGGAAAUUUGUUUUCUCAUUUUUUUUUUUGUUCUUAAGUGGCAUUUACUUGUGGUUCUCUGUCGAAUCAUAUCUUGGACCUUUUUACACUACAAGAAAAAUGGGUUUUAAUAGCAUACCAGAAUAGCGUUUUUUCGAUUGUGCUAUGGUAGGUAUACUCGUGUUUUAAAGAUAGCGGUUGUAUAUUUCCAAACGUUAUGUUAUAGUUUCGAGUUGAAAAAUCAUAAUUUAAGCGUAUGUUUGAAAGAAGACGCUUAAUUAAUAUAGCAGAUUAAAAAAAAAAAAGUGUUAUGCUUGAUUACGCGGUAAUGACCGCGACACUUAGAAAUAAUUUGGCUCCUAAAACCCAAUUAGAAUCCAAAAUUAAUCCCAAAUUAGUAGGGUUUUGUUCUUCCCUCUCUCUCUUUGUUCUUCACUCUCCAUCGAACACUUUGCCUCCAUUUGCUCGAUAGACUCGACCUCAAUCUCUUUCACUCGAAUUUUCAUUCUCAAUUCCUCAGCUCCAAUGAUUACUCAAUGUGGAUUAACUCUUAUUGAAAUCCCCUUUGAUUGAAAUCCUUUCUGAUUCCAUCGAAGGUGAACUCGGGUUUCAUCUCUUUUCUAUCCUAAUCGAUUGAAAAUCGAUUUAUCUCUUCUCUAUAACUGAUUUAGGGUUAUUGCAUGUUUAAUUGAAUCGGUUUUGCAUGCUCGUUUGCAGGAACCUUUAUUUUCCGACAGCUUUGGCUUAAGGUAUUUGUUCUUUUCAAUUUCUGGGUUUCUCUUUUACUUGUUCAUUUCUGUAAAAUCUUGUAUCUUACUUAACGACAUUGUCUUUUUUUGUAGGAGACUCUAAUUUAAAUCCGAAGAGAUUAUUUUAAGGUGAGAAAUCUCGUUCUGUUUUGCUGUUAAAUCCCUUAUUUUUUUGUUGUUCUGGCUUGAUAAAGUGAGACUCUUGUAUGUUCAUUUCGUCGGAGCUGUAUCAUGGAUAAAUCUUGGGUCUGGUUACCAAGGUAUUAACUUCACUUGUUCUUUUAAAAAUUUUUAAGUCUCAGUGUUUAGUUCUCACUUGUUUUAACCAUACAGGAAUAGCCUUGAGUAUGAGAAAGGAGCUAGUGAGUUCGUGUCUUCUUCAUCAAAACGUUUAGGUGAUCCAGAUGAAAUGUUCUGCCCUUGUGUUGAUUGUCGCAAUGUCUGCCACCAAUCUAGUGAGAAAGUUUUCGAGCACCUGGUGAUUAGAGGAAUGGAUGAGAAGUACAAGAGCUGUAAGUUUUGGUCUAAACACGGGGAAACAAGACCUGAUAAGUCAGCUAAUGUGAUCUGGUCUGAAAAUGAGGCUUACGACUUGUUCAGAACAACCUUCAUGCGAAGUCAAGGCAGCUAAGGAUACGCAGAGGAGAAUGCUGGAGUGUUUGAGGGCACUGAUACGCCAGAAGAAGUUGAGUUUAGAAAGAAGUUAAAGGAUGCAGAAACUCCGUUGUACCCAAACUGUCUGAAAUUUACAAAGGUUGCUGCAAUCAUGGGACUUUACAGGAUAAAGGUGAAGAGUGGGAUGUCUGAGAACUAUUUCGAUCAGCUUCUGUCCCUAGUUCAUGAUCUGCUUCCCAGUGAAAAUGUUCUACCUAAGUCUACAGAUGAGAUGAAGAAGUUUCUGAAACAGUUUGGUUUUGGGUAUGAUGUCAUCCACGUCUGCAAGAAUGACUGUAUUUUGUAUAGAAAAGAGUUUGAGGAUGCAGUCAGCUAUCCAAGAUGUAGUGAAUCAAGAUGGGAGAAGGAUAAUCAGACUGGUGAGGAGAAGAAAGGGAUUCCUGUUAAGGUGCUUAGGUAUUUUCCGAUUAAAGACAGGUUCAGGAGAAUGUUUAGAUCAAAGCGGUUGGCAGAGGACUUGUGUUGGCACUCAACUAAUGCUUCUGAAGAUGGAAUUAUGCGUCAUCCAGUAGAUUCAUUGACUUGGGCUCAGAUAAACAACAAAUGGCAAGAGUUCGCUGCUGAAGCAAGAAACCUAAGACUAGGAAUUUCAACAGAUGGCAUGAAUCCGUUCUCUAUCCAGAACACGAAGCAUAGCACAUGGCCUGUUCUAUUAGUCAAAUACAAUAUGGCUCCGACAAAGUAUAUGAGGUUCGAGAACAUCAUGUUGACAAUGUUGAUACCUGGUCCAACCGCACCUAGCAACAACAUUGAUGUAUAUCUACAGCCAUUGAUAGAGGACUUGCAUGAUUUGUGGACAGAAGGUAUGGAAGUUUAUGAUUCGUUUAAGAAGGAGAGUUUUACACUUAGAGCUAUGUUGAUGUGGAGUAUCACCGACUAUCCUGGUUUAGGCACAUUAGCUGGGUGUAAAGUGAAAGGGAAGCAAGCGUGUAAUGUCUGCGGGAAGGGUACACCUCAUAGGUGGCUAAAGUUUAGUCGCAAACAUGUUUACAUGGAGAACAGGAAGCGGCUCAGGCCUAGUCAUCCUUAUAGAAGAAGGAAAGGAUGGUUUGACAAUACAGUGGAGGUUGGUACUGCAAAGAGGCUUCAGAGUGGCUGCGAUAUAUUUGACAGUCUUAAGGACUUUAAAAACGAUUUUGGGAAACCUUUACCUAAGAAGAGUAAGCAGAAGAGGAUAGAAGGAGGUGAAGAUGAUGUUCUUGCAGCUGACGACCGUGAGGAAGAUGAUGAUCUGUGGCGGUGGAAGAAAAAAUCUAUUUUCUUUGACUUACCUUAUUGGAAGGAUAUGCCUGUGAGGCAUAACAUCGACGUCAUGCACGUCGAGAAGAACGUGUCUGAUGCGUUGUUGUCUAUACUGAUGCAUAGUGCGAAAUCUAAGGAUGGACUGAAAGCAAGAAAGGAUUUAGAAGAGAUGGGUAUUAGAAGCAACUUACAUACACAAGCUAGGGGGAAGAAAACUUACUUGCCUCCAGCUGCGUAUUGGCUUUCAAAGGAAGAGAAAAGAAAGUUCUGCCGAAGGUUAUCCAACUUCAGAGGCCCUGAUGGAUACUGUGCCAAUAUAGCUAACUGUGUCUCACUGGAUCCUCCUUCUAUUGGCGGCAUGAAGUCACAUGAUCAUCAUGUUCUUAUGCAGAAUCUCUUACCAGUAGCGUUGAGAGGUUUACUUCCAAAAGGACCUCGGAUAGCAGUGACUCGCAUAUGCAAUUUCUUCAACAGACUCUGCCAACGCAUUUUUGAUCCAGAGAUGCUACUUGCACUAGAAACAGAGAUCGUGGAGACAAUGUGCCAGCUAGAGAGAUUCUUCCCACCUGCAUUAUUUGAUAUCAUGUUUCACCUUCCACUGCAUCUGGCAAGAGAAGCACGCUUGGGUGGCCCUGUUCUCUUCAGGUGGAUGUAUAUGAAGACACUUAAGGCAUAUGUGAAGAAUUUCGCAAGACCUGAAGCUUGUAUGGCUGAGGGAUAUCUUGCUGGUGAAUGCCUUGCAUUUUGUAUGGAGUUCUUGCAAAAAUCAGUUCCAGUAGAAGAAGCAACUACAAGAAAUGAUGAUGUAGAGGCGACUCAAAAUGUACUAGAAGGCCGUCCACUGCAAAAAGCUACAGAAGUCACACUUACUGAUAAGGAGAGAGAUAUAGCUCAUCGGUACAUCCUCAUGAAUACUGCAGUCUUGGAUCCUUAUGUUCAGUAA